UGUUUUACACUUGUGACGCUCGUUGCUUUCAUUUAUGACAACUUCCAAAUAUCUCCAUCGUUUGGCUUUAUGUCUGAGUCCAAAUGGGAGUUAGACUGUCUUUUCACUGCUUUUUUUUGUGUUUGAAUGUAGUGGUCCUUCAAUCCUCCGCUAAACCUCAUUUGCUAUUCGUCCUGGCGGACGAUCUUGGUUGGAGCGAUGUCGGUUUUCAUGGCUCGAAAAUUCAAACUCCAAAUAUCGAUCGUCUUGCUGCGAAUGGUGUGAUUCUCGAUAAUUAUUACGUGCAGCCGGUAUGUACACCCACGCGAGCUUCGCUGAUGACCGGGAAAUACCCAAUUCAUACUGGUUUACAGCAUGGUAUCAUCCACAAUGGUAGACCUUAUGGCCUCCCUCUAAACUUGACGCUGCUACCACAGAAACUCCGAAAAGCUGGGUACAGUACUCACAUGCUUGGAAAAUGGCAUCUUGGAUUCUACAACUGGGAGAGCACACCAACAUACAGGGGUUUUGACACCUUUUAUGGUUUCUAUAGUGGCGCUGAAAAUCACUAUACACAUGUCCAGGAUCAUUACCUGGACCUACGAGACAAUGAGGAGAUUGUGAGGGAUCAAAAUGGUACAUACUCUGCUCAUCUCUUUACAAAGCGUGCAGAGCAGAUAGUCCGGGCCCAUGACCCCAGCACACCCCUGUUCAUGUACAUGGCAUUCCAGAACGUUCAUAGUCCUGUCCAAGCCCCUAAAGAGUAUAUUGACCGCUACAGCUUUAUAAAGGAUCCCUUAAGACGCACCUAUGCUGCCAUGGUGACCAUUAUGGAUGACGCUCUUGGGAACUUGACACGCGCCUUUGACAAGGCUGGUUUAUGGGAGAACACUAUCCUGAUAUUCAGUACUGAUAACGGAGGAGUACCCAAGAAUGGAGGUUAUGACUACCCCUUACGAGGCAGAAAAGACACCUUGUGGGAGGGUGGGGUGCGUGGCGUGGCAUUUGUGCAUGGUGUAGCUCUUGAGCAGAGUGGUGUGAAGUGUAAAGCGCUGAUGCAUGUCACGGACUGGUAUCCAACCUUAGUGUCACUCGCAGGUGGGAGUCUAGAUGAAGACGAAGACUUGGAUGGCUAUGAUGUGUGGGAGUCCAUAUCACAUGGUGUUGAAAGCCCACGCAAGGAGCUACUACACAACAUAGAUACAAUCAAUAUCCCACCUGGCGACGGAAGCCUGGGCUUUUCUACCACGGGAAUCGGUCUGAGAGUCGGGGACAUGAAGCUGUUGAUGGCCGUUCCUAACAUAUCUUACUUCAUUCCUCCCGAGGACAGGAAUGGAAGUGUAGAUUGGUAUAUACACUCAAAUAAUAAGGUUCCCAUGGUGGAGGUCGCGUUAUACAACAUAACCGCUGACCCAUACGAAAAGCAUGACUUGCACGAUAAACUCCCGGAUGUUGUUACUAGGCUACAAUUGCGUGUGGAGCAUUACAGGAAGACCGCAGUGCCCCCCGCGAACAAACCUAAAGACCCGUACGCACGUCAGGUAGCGAAACAGAAUGGUGCGUGGACCCCAUGGGUGUAGUAUAGAGUGGUAGAGUGAAGUUGAACUGACACUUGAUGGGAUGUGUCAUGCCAUAAUGUGAAUGGAAUGUAUGAUUGCACGCAGUAAUGUGAAUUGCUAUGUAUGAUCGCAUGGGGUAAUGUGGAUGGUAAUGCGUGAUUGCACGUGGUAAUGUGGAUGGUAAUGCGUGAUUGCACGUGGUCAUGUGAGUGGUAAUGUGCGAUUGCACCUGGUAAUUUGAAUGGUAAUAUUAUGUGAGUGCACGUGGUAAUGUGAAUGUUAAGGUUUGAUUUCACGUGGUAAUUUUUUAACAACAUUACAUAAUUACACAAAACGAAAUGGCAAAAACAAAUUGCAUUAUAAGUAAUAAGUAAGUCACUUUAAAAAGUGAGUAAGAUAACUGAAAUCUAAGUAUGUCCGUAAAUAAACAUUUCUUGUUACAAAAGGCAAUGCAAGGACAGUACGACAUUCUUUGAGUUUACAUGACUAGUCACGUGACUACUAAGUGCAACACUUCAACUAGGAAAACGUGAUAAAAAGGGGAUGUGUUAAACGUGAUAAAAAGGGGAUGUGUUAAACGUGAUAAAAAGGGGAUGUGUUAAACGUGAUAAAAAGGGGAUGUGUUAAACGUGAUAAAAAGGGGAUGUGUUAAACGUGAUAAAAAGGGGAUGUGUUAAACGUGAUAAAAAGGGGAUGUGUUAAACGUGAUAAAAAGGGGAUGUGUUAAACGUGAUAAAAAGGGGAUGUGUUAAACGUGAUAAAAAGGGGAUGUGUUGAACGUGAUAAAAAGGGGAUGUGUUAAAUCUAAAUCUGAGUUCAAACGUCGUAUUAUCCAUGAGCCGUAUUUAAUGGAAAUGCCUGUAAAGGAAUUGAGUCGAUUGUUUUAUCUUCGUUUGCAUUAAAUACGGCUUAUGAAGCCUAAGAAGCUAAUUUCUGAUAGCUAUAGAACCUAACGUGAUGUGUUGAAUCUAAGAAGCUAAUUUCGAUAUCUUUAAAACCCUACCCUCUAUUUGAACCUUUAAACACAACUAGUACCCGUCAACUUGGUUGUAAUGUUUAACAACGCAUUGACACCGCGUAAGGAGGGUGACAGCCUGAAUUGCGUGACUCCAAUAAAAUUGCGUUACUAGUCA